GAGCAUUGUGGGACAGUGCUCUGGAAGAGACAUGCGCAGACUGAGUCAUUUCUCGUUCAUUUGCCCAGAGGAGCAGGAAGAUGGCGGAUGGGGAUGCAUCUGCUAAGAAACAAAAGAAACACAAAAAGAAAUCUGAACAAAGUAUUGGGGACAUCCAGCAGGAGACUGAUUUUCUGAUCGCACCAGAAUCAAAGGUGGUGAAGUUAGAUACAUCUCAUUGGCCUUUGUUGCUGAAGAAUUUUGACAAGCUUAAUGUAAGGACAGCUCACUACACGCCUAUUCCAAGUGGCGCUUCGCCUCUCAAGAGGGAAAUCACUGAUUAUGUAAGGUCUGGAUUCAUUAACCUCGAUAAGCCAGCAAACCCAUCCUCACACGAAGUGGUGGCAUGGAUACGCAGGAUUCUGCGGGUGGAAAAGACCGGUCACAGUGGAACGCUGGAUCCUAAAGUUACGGGCUGUCUAAUUGUGUGCAUAGAACGAGCAACUCGACUAGUUAAAUCCCAACAGAGUGCUGGCAAAGAGUAUGUGGGAAUAGUUCGGCUGCACAAUGCUAUUGAAAGUGAACUCCAGCUUAGUCGGGGCUUGGAGAUGCUGACAGGAGCUUUAUUCCAACGUCCUCCCUUGAUUGCUGCUGUUAAAAGACAGUUAAGAGUCCGGACCAUCUAUGACAGCAAAUUAAUCGAGUAUGAUCCAGAGAGGCGGCUGGGAGUCUUCUGGGUGAGCUGUGAAGCAGGAACGUAUAUCCGAACAUUGUGUGUACAUAUUGGACUGUUACUUGGUGUUGGUGGUCAGAUGCAGGAGCUGCGAAGGGUACGAUCAGGAGUAAAUGGAGAGAAGGAUAACAUGGUAACAAUGCAUGAUGUGUUGGAUGCCCAGUGGCAAUAUGACCACAACAAGGACGAGACCUAUUUACGUCGAGUCAUCAUGCCCCUUGAAAAGUUGAUGGUGACCCACAAACGUUUAGUUAUGAAGGAUAGUGCGGUAAAUGCUAUCUGUUAUGGUGCUAAGAUCAUGCUCCCUGGUCUGCUAAGGUAUGAAGAUGGGAUUGAGGUGAACCAGGAAAUCGUUGUUAUUACGACAAAGGGAGAAGCAAUUUGCAUUGCUAUUGCUUUAAUGACAACGGCGGUGAUAUCUACAUGUGACCAUGGUGUGGUGGCAAAGAUAAAGCGUGUUAUCAUGGAGCGGGACACGUACCCACGUAAGUGGGGCCUGGGGCCAAAGGCAUGUGAAAAGAAAAUGAUGAUCAAACAGGGUUUGCUAGAUAAGCACGGCAAGCCAAAUGGAAGUACUCCUGAGUUGUGGAAGAAGAGCUAUGUAGAUUACGUUACUGGAAAUCAAGCACCUAGCAGUGUAGAAGCUAGCAAUGUGACACAAAGCCAGGCAGUGAAGCGAAAGAGAGAGAGUGAAAGUGAGAGUGAUGAAUCAGUGCCAUCUACCCCUGCGAAGCCAAAAUCCCCAACAGAGCUAAGUAAGAAAGAAAAAAAGAAAAAGAAGAAAGAGAAGAAGCAAAAGUUACUUGAGGAAGCAGAGAUAAAAACUGAAAAAAUUGAUCCAGAACCUACAUCAGAGGCACAAGAGUUCAUUCCAGAGGUCAAGAAAGAAAAGAAAAAGAAAAAAGAAAUGGAAAUUGGAGAGCCUGUCACUGAAGAGACUGAAAGCUCCAAAAAGAAGAAAAAGAAAAAAGAAAAAGCUGCAACAUGCGAUUACUGACAAAGUUUGGACUCACUUAGCAGGGAGGAGGUGGCCUUUGCAGGGCCAGUCUGACAAGUAUUGCAUUACUUUCCUUCCCAACCAUUAGAGGUCUUCAGUUCAUACUGUUUAAAUGGCCUUCAUGCUUAAACUUUGCAGUUCUGUGACUAGGAUUUGUUGCCUCAUUCAAUACACUAUCCUGUUUUAAGGAUAAUCAAAGUUCAUUGAUGCACUUUUGUGCAAUAUGUUAAUGGAUAAUGCUGUAAGAAUGGCAUUGUACUUUGUGGAAAGAGUAUCUGGGCAAUCUUUCAGUGACUGCGUAGCAGUGAAUGUUCCCUUGGGAAUAUUUUUUAUGUACCAUUCCCUUUGCAAAGGGGGGGGGGGUGCUUUUCUGCAGUGAGAGUACCUGGGCAGUCUUGAUUUUCAGUGACUGCAGAGCGGUGAAAUUUCCACUGGGAAUUUUUUGUAUGUACCAUUCCCUUUGCAAAGGGGAUCUUUUUUUAAAUUUCUAAAGCAGCAGUGGGCACAACAUGGAACCUGACUUCUGCAGAACACUUGCAAACCAGCUUAAGAUUUUGGUGAAGUUUGGGGAAAGUCACGGUUGGUGUUAUUUGGCUUAUAACGCCAAAUAAGGAGGAAGUGAAUCUGUUGCUUGGGUAUAUUUGUUUUGAUGCCAGAUGCUUUCCUAUUCGUGUUCAUUUGGUUUUUGUGAAGUUCAAAUCUUUCAAAGAUUGUAAUGGGCUGCUAUCUCUGCAUAUGCUCAGGGCACGUUCACCAAAUAGUAGAAACUACAACAUGAUGCUUCAGGAAUGUGUUGCCUAGAGUGGAAUGAAUUUGCAAAGUACUACCAAUGUGAAUAUUUCAAUUAUUUUUAUAUUGGGAAUCUAGGUUCCUGUAUUAGUUAUGUACAUUGUAAUAAAUCUAAAUACAUCUUUGGGGGCAUCCAGUAAACUUGGCUUGAUGUCCAUUAUGGGGUUUGCCCUCGUUUAACUGUACAUACUUUGAUUAUUGUAACAAGCCUGGUCAUUUUUAAAAUAAAUGGUUCCUUUCUA